AUGAGCUACGACCAGAAGCGCAAAAGGAUAACUUCUGACCAACCUGAGUUUCACUGGCUUGCAGCGCACCAUGUACCUCAGUCGCAUGACGCGCGGACGCAAAUGCUUUGCGUCGAAGCCUACGAAGCAGACCUUGUUCCUGGAAAAGACGUUCUUGCAUUAGCCCUCGAAGCGUCAGAAUCGGAUCCAGUGCUACCAAACUCGGAUGUAUCCUCUCCAUCUCGGGGCUCCGCAUUGAUCAAAUGGGAUGCAGGCAAGCAGAGCUGUUGGGUAGAUAGGUUUGAUGCGCGCCUUCUACUAUCCGAGUUACCUACGUGUUGUUCCGCCCAGGAUGGGUCCGAAGUGCAACCCGGGUCUCCACAACUCUCGUCAGGCUGGUCAGAUCUUCCAUCGGACACGGAGGAUGCGUUCUUCCUUUCACCUUUAGAAAUCGAAAACGUGCGUCGAACAAAGCGCCGUCGAGUACUUGAAGAUGCACGAGAUCAAAGACUCGCUGCCCUUCGGGCUGCAGGCGACAGCAAUGAUAACAGCGAGGAAAGAAACGAUGAAGAUAUUUGGGGCGGAAGUGAUGAGGAACCAGAUGCGAUGCAACUGGCUCUGAUGGAACGUACCGCUAUACACCUUCACACAUCUCCAGAUCGUGCAAAGCUUGCUGCUCGUAUUCUAGCCAACCAUGGUGCAGACAAGCGAUUUGCAUUCAUGCGAGGGCGGUGGCGGAGGGCUUGGGUUCGGGCACAGGCAAGAGCCGCUACCGCCGCCGCUAAAGAAGAAGAGGACAAGAAGAAGGCGAAGGGCUUGGAAUUGAUGGGUCUGGGUGCUUAUGGAGAUACUGACGAAGAGGAAAGUGAGGAAGAAAAGCCUCCGGAUGUGACGAACAACGAGGAUGCAGCUGACGCAGCGAAGAUGGAAGCUCGGCGUGCUCGAGCUCGAGAAUGGGCAGCGAAGCGCCGUGCAGAGAAGGAAGGCGCUGUAGAAGUUCCAUCAAGAUAA